AUGAGGGCCAUGUUUCUGUCCGGAUUGUCUCCUCCUUCCAGAGGAUGGGAAAGAGCUGCAGCUGAGCCAACUCAGGUAAGAUUUGGGGCCCAAAGUCCUUCCAAGUGGAAGUGAUUGGGGUACAGUCAUACCUCAUGUUAUGUUUGCUUCAUGUUACGUUCUUUCAGGUUACAUCCUGCGGCGACCCGGAAGCACCGGAAAGGGUUACUUCCGGGUUUUGCCGCUCGCACAUGCGCAGAAACGCAAAAUGACGUCACACGCAUGCGCAGAAGCGGCAAAUCGCAACCCACGUGUGCACAGAUGUGCCGCUGUGGGUUGCGCUCUUUUUAUGUUGCGAACUGGCCUCUGGAACGGAUCCCGUUCGCAACCAGAGGUACCACUGAACAUGCAAAAAUACCCUUUUAACUCCACGGAAAAGUGCUGCCCAUUGAGGGAUUGCGCAUCUGGCUUGCGUGGAUGUGAUACAAUACAAUGGUACCUCGGGUUAAGUACUUAAUUCGUUCCGGAGGUCCGUUCUUAACCUGAGACUGUUCUUAACCUGAAGCACCACUUUAGCUAAUGGGGCCUCCUGCUGCCACCGUGCCGCCGGAGCACGAUUUCUGUUCUCAUCCUGAAGCAAAGUUCUUAACCUGAGGUAAUAUUUCUGGGUUAGCGGAGUGUGUAACCUGAAGCGUCUGUAACCUGAAGUGUAUGUAACCCGAGGUACCACUGUACACUAUUAACAUUACUUUCAACAGUCAUAGCUUCCCCCAGAGGAUCCUGGGAACUAUAGUUUGUUAAGGGUGCUGAGAAUUGUUAAGAGACCCCCUCCUCCCCUUUCAGAGCUAUAGUUCCCAGAGCUCUCUAGGAAGAAGGAUCGGUUGUUUAAACACUCUGGUAUAUAAGUACUAUGGAAUGAAAUAUAGAAAUGUUUGCAGCCUUUCAUUUUCUCUCUGCGGGUGAGAGCUUUUGAGGCUGAGACGAGGAUUCUUCUUUCUUCCAGAGGCUGGUGACUUUCAGAGAUGUGGCCGUCUAUUUCACAGAGGCACAAGGCGCUCUGCUGGACCCAAAUCAGAGAGCUCUAUAUAGAGAGGUCAUGAUGGAGAAUUAUGAGAACGUGACCUCCUUAGGUAAGGAACUUUGCUGCCUUGUUUUGUUAAGCUAGGGAGAAAAAACUCCUGCUUUCUGAUAGUCCUUUGCGGGAAGAGGAGGGCUUUUAAUUUUUUGAAAAUCUUUUAUCAAGGGUUUCCGGUUGCAAAGCCUGUCCUCAUCACUCGUCUGGAACAAGGAGAAGCUCCCUGGGUACCAGAUCCUCGGAACUUGGGCAGCAGGUGCUCAGGUGAGAGGUUAGGGCAUGCCAACAGGCAAAUAAUCCAUUGAGGUGUGUCCCCAUCGCCCAAACAUGGCCAGCCAUGAGUCUCAGCCAUUACAUUUGGAUGUGUUGCCUCUUCCCACUGCUCUUCUUCGAAACACUUGCUUACCCUGUGUGGGGAGGGAAUCCCACAACUUUGGGGCUGCCACAAGGAAUACCCUCUCUCGGGUCGCCCCAGCCACCAAACCUCUGAAUUGUUUUAAAGUCACCUGAUUUGGUGGUCUGGUGGCCACCACUUUCUGUGGCAAAAAUUUACCUCAGGAAAUUUACAGCUUGCUUCCAGUUUUAAAGCCGCCCGAUUUGGCGGUCUGGUUGCCGCCACCACCUCCUGUGGCAAAAAAGGUCUCCAGGAAAUUUACAGCUUAUUUCCCACAACUCACCCUGAUUGACUUUCUACGAUUCUUCCUCUUCUGGAGUUGAAGGUCAGUCCUGUCAGUGCCCCCCCCCUCCCCACUUCUCACCCUUCCAGGUGUCUUGAGGAAGAAGAACUCGUGCCGCAAGUGUGGGAAAUGCUUCCCUCAGAAACCGGAUCUCGUCAUACACCGCUUGGUCCACAUGGGAGAGAAGCCUUUCAAGUGCUUGGAGUGUGCGAAGUAUUUCGUUCACCAUUCGGAGCUCGUGAAACACCAGCGGGUCCACACAGGGGAGAGGCCCUUCAAGUGCCUGGAGUGCGGGAAGUGCUUUUCGCGCCAGUCCGUCCUCGUGAACCACCACAGGAUCCACACGGGGGAGAAACCUUACAAAUGCCUGGAGUGCGUCAAGUGCUUCACCCAGAGAUCGCAGCUUGUCAGGCACCGGAGAGUCCACACGGGAGAGAAGCCGUACAAGUGUCCCGAGUGCGAGAAGUGUUUCGCACGCCACUCGGUCCUCAUCAACCACCAAAGGGUCCACACGGGGGAGAAGCCCUACCAGUGCUUGGAGUGUGCGAAAUGCUUCGCACGGCAGUCCGUCCUCGUGAACCACCAGAGAGUCCACACGGGGGAGAAGCCCUACAAGUGUCAGGAGUGCGGGAAGCGUUUUGCUCACCAGUCGAACCUCGUGAACCACCAGAGGGUCCACACGGGCGAGAAGCCCUACAAGUGCUUGAAGUGCGGGAAGUGCUUCGCCCAGCAGUCGGACCUCGUGAAACACCGGCGCAUCCACACGGGGGAGAGGCCGUACAAGUGCUUGGAGUGUGGCAAGUGCUUCGCCAUCCAUUCGGACGUUGUGAACCACCAGCGGGUCCACACGGGGGAGAAGCCUCACAAGUGCCAGGAGUGCGGGAAGUGCUUCGCUCAGCGCUCGGCCCUGGUGAGCCACCAGCGAGUCCACACGGGAGAGAAGCCCUACAAGUGUAUGGAGUGCGAGAAAUGCUUCUCUCAGCUGUCCAACCUCGUGAAGCACCAGCGAGUCCACACGGGGGAGAAACCCUACAAAUGCUUGGAGUGCGGGAAGUGCUUCGCUCGGCACUCGCACCUCCGGGUUCACCACAGAGUUCACUUGAGAGCGAAAGCCAGCCAACGCCUCAACGAUCUCGAGAGCUUGAUGGAGAAGGGGAGCCUUAUUCAAUAUCAAAUAGCCAGCACUUAA